UGUUAGGGCAAUGAAAAAAAUUGCAACUAAAAUGUAUUCUUUAUAUAUCGUUUUUGCGAUAAUAAUUUUUUUUUCUGUUUGUAAAGCUGAUUCACAAAACGAAACUGCUAAUUCACAAGAGGAAAGAAGUUGUUUUUCAUUCAUUCGUACUGAUGAAUCAAGCCCAAUUAAUUUGGAGGAGACCUAUUUUGAAAUGACCAAUACCAGCGUAAAUACUGUGUAUCAAGGUAUAUCUCUUUAUAUUACGGGCCUUAAUGCUGAUAAACCAUCUUCGUGUUCCCUUGGUGACAUCAAACUUGAAACAAUACAAAAAUACAUGCAUGUUAAAUCAAUAGGAGCCCGUCAACAACGAUUAUGUAGAAUAAAAAUGAUUAUCUCUAUCAAUACUUACACAUGUAAAGACAAGCUUACAUAUCUUAGUUUCAACUGUGCUGAAGGAACAAAAUCCACAUAUUUUCAAAAUUGUUCUCCUGUACACUGUCCUGGAAAAUUAUUGGAAAGUGAAAAAGGCCAAAGGGAUAAGGAGGCUCUGAUUCUAUCACAACUUCCAGAGCCAGCGGUUUCUCGGUUUGGAUUUUUUGCUUAUGACAUACCGACAUCCCAUUGCAACACGAGGCAAUGUAAACUAGACAAAUGUUCCAUCGACGAAGUAAAGAAAGAGCAAUAUAUGAUAAGUGUCUCAAUUGGCCCCUAA